AUGUCAGAUCGCCAAGACCCUGCGAUCUCUGCUGAACUUAAGGAAUGGCUUUUCUCAACUAUUGCAGAGUCCAUUCCUAAGGCUCUGGCAGCCUACCAUGAACGUAAUCCAGAGGUACACCCCUCUACACAACAGCCCUCUGACUCUGAGGACUCCCAUAUCUCCGACCAAGAUAGCGCCCCGCGCAAAAGACCCUGGAAAGGGAAUAGCGCUACUGCGGGCAAGGGCAAAGCUCCUGCUAAGGUCGUUAAACAUUCUAAGCCCUAUGUUUCACAGGAUGUUACAGACCCUCUAGAGGGUUCUACUUCACGUUUAUCUGGCCAUAUUCUAAGUGACUAUGACCCCAAUUACUCUGACGAGGAUCCCAUGGUGAAUGUGCCCCAGGAUUCCUCAACAUCGGAGUUCGUGAAAGAAACUUUCCUAAAUCAAGAUCACAAGAGUAAGGUACCUGA